AAGUUUUCCACUGACUGGGGGAUAUCAGAUCACACCGUUUGGUGAACAAUUAAAAAAAAGCUGCAAGGGAUCUGAAAGGUAGUCUUUUGAAUUUGAAUUUUACUGCCAAAUGCGGUACUCAUAAGGUGACCAUGACAACCGUUGGUGUACUUCUGCUUUGCCAAAUGCAGACGUGAAAGACGUUUCAAAUCGUUCGUCAAAAGAGAAACUAAAGAUAUCCACGUUUUUGUCGACAUUAAUCGUCGAAUUUGUAUUAACUCUUCAAUUUCUGGGUCGCUCUUCAGCAAUCAAGUUCUGAUAUUGCCCUCUUCUUGACACAUUAAUCACGAAGGAAAUGGAACAGUUAUUUGAACUUCGCCCGCGAAAAGAUUUACUAGAUCCUACCUUCGAGGGGUACAAACUGAGUUUGGAUUCAUUGCCUGUUUACAAACAUGAAGUGCCUGUAGCUGUUGAACAUUUAAAGCCAAAUGAGGAGCAGUUUUCUUUUCAACACGUUAAAACGUUUGGGCUUCACAAUCACUUGAUUGAUGACCCAUGGUCUGAUGAAGUUGCUUUUUUUAUAUCAAAAGAUCUGCAAAUCUUCAAGAUUAACCUGCAUUCUUUGGUUAGUCAAAGCCCGGAAUUCAAGUCAGUAUGGCAAUUGCCACGUCAUCUUGAAAGUAGGGAUGGUUGGUUUAACGCAUCCUUGAGCUUUGCUGGCCCAGAGCUAGCAGUUGUUACUGAUGGAGGAGGUGUCUUACACAUUGUAGACACAGGUGUCCGCACCCCAGCAAAUUCCCAUCUGUGGCAGGUCUGUACACACAUGUUUUAUUGUAAUGAAUACUGUCUAAUGGUUUCUAUGUUGUUUAAGGCAAAAUUCUCUAGUGAAGAUUUGGGCAAUAGUGAGCCAUUCAAGAUUACUCAUUCCAUGCUUAAUACUACAGAAAGUAACCAAUCAGAGACUCUUUCUGUUCUGGCUCUUAAAGUUGAAUCUAUUGAUAAAGUUGAAAGCCAAAUUGCCCUGUCAGUCUUUGGUUGCAGUGAGAAGGAGACUCCAUUCAUUAAUUGUUUGGAAUGGGUGCAAUAUGAACAUGUAGACGGACAUUGGUCUUUCAAGCAACUCAAGCGUUUAGCGAUACCUCACGGCUUAGAUUACGCGUCUGUUUUGAGCCCUGGUAAAGCGCUAUGCCUUAUUGCCCGAGAACCUCUUGGCAUUAUAUUCGAUUCAAAGAAAAAUGUUGCUGCGCCUUUGGAAAAUAAAGAAAGGAUGCAAGGUAUGUAUAAAUGUCUAAUUGCCUACUUUUCGUUGGACUGGAAUUUACUCAAUUUUCUCCUAGAUGAAACCGAAACUAAGGUUGCUUACACUUGGACAGAAAGCCCAGAGGAAGUGACUGUAUGGAUGACAUUUGACAAACAUACGUCGAAGCACGAUUUGGUCGUUAAAAUUGAAAGCCAGACAUUAAAAGUAGUGUACAAACAACAAACAUAUUUGGAUGGUGAGUUGGCUCAUCCAAUUUCGGUCGGAUCGAGUACGUGGACACUGUUGGAUGGGAAACUGGAGUUUAUCUUAUCAAAGGUUGACAAGUCACUGAGUUGGAAUCAUCUUAUCCAAAGUGAUCUUCGUGGUCGCAAAGUCCUUGACGCCGAAACGGCGGCCGAUUAUGAGAGCGUAAUUAACAUGACCAUGAAAGAAACGCAAGCAGAGGGCGGUGGUCGACCUCCUGUCUUCAGCAGUGAACAACUAGAGGAAUGUGAUGAUAUGCCCAUGGACGAGUCGUGUGUCUUUCGUUUUGAUGGAGAAACUAACAAAUUCACGCACAAAGCAAUACUGAGCGGACAGCUUCUGUUUUUUACUCAGUCGGCUCCUGGGUUGGCACCAGCCUUCUGUUUACGUCACGACGUCGAUGGUCUUAUUUGGCAGCCAAUGGGAGACGAACUAGAACAAUCGUGGGGAUGCCUGCACACGGCUGCACUUCAAGCCCUGGGCUACAUCCAGGCUUCCAAGGAACAACGGAAAUUCACCGUAGCACCACCUAAUAUGACGUACGCAGCUUUGUGCGAUGCCUUCAGUCAUGUUUACAUAUACCGCCAGUCAAAUUGCACUUCGACUGGAGUGGAAAUGGUGCAUCGACCUACAGGCCGAAGGGUGGGUAACAUUGCUCGUCAACAAGUUCUCAACAUCGAUAGUUCAGAAGAAUGUCUCGGAGCUCUGGCUACGAAUAGUUUUUUGCUCCUUCUGACAUCCUCGUCUCUUUUUUCUAUUCGUGUGAAUAGUGAUUGAAACUCCUAAUCUAUCAAUUGCUUUGCGUGAUUGAUCAAUACAUUUUCUGUUUCAAAUUCAA